AUGAAUGAAUUCCGCCACAUGUCACCUCACAGCGUCAGCUCUAAUGACGGCGCACCCAUACAGAGGAGGAGGUGUGAGGCGCACGACACGGAAGACAAAGUGGCUGGAAAACAGGAGCGUUUGGAGCAAAAACAUCCAUCUACAUUGUUUUCUCUGACUUUUAUCUUCUUAUUUUUUCAGAUCUACUCUCCGGACCACACGAACAACAGCUUCUCGUCCAAUCCCUCCACCCCAGUCGGCUCCCCACCCUCCCUCACAGCUGCCAGUUCAGCUGUGUGGUCGAGGAACGGCGGACAGGGAGCGUCGUCGCCAAACUACGAGGCUCCACUACACUCUCUGCAAAGUCGUAUCGAGGACCGUCUGGAGCGUUUGGAUGACGCCAUCCACGUACUGCGGAGCCAUGCGGUGGGACCGUCGACGGGUAUGACCAGUGGGCACGGUGACAUGCACAACCUCAUUGGGGCUGCACAUACGCACAACGGCGCUAUGGGCGCACUGAGCAGCGGAUACGGGACAGGACUGCUGUCAGCCAACAGACACUCCCUCAUGGUGGGCUCUCACAGAGAAGAUGGCGGCGGCGUGGGCAGUUUGCGUGCCGGACACUCGAUGGCGGGUCAGGUGCCGGUGCCUCAGUUGCCCGUUCAGUCGGCCACAUCGCCAGACCUCAGCCAGCCCGACCCGUACCGCGCCCUUUCUGGAGGCCUUCAGGGCCAGAGUACCUCCUCCGUCAGCUCGGAGAUCAAGUCUGAGGACGAGGGGGACGAGAACCUCCUGCAGGACACGAAGCCCCUGGACUCCAAGAAGGAGGACAUUGACAGCAAGGAUCUCAAAGCUAUUGAUAGGUCAAGAUCUAGCAACAACGACGAUGAGGACCUUUCUCCGGAGCAGAAGAUGGAGAGAGAGCGGGAACGGAGAAUGGCCAACAACGCGCGGGAGCGUCUGCGCGUCCGCGACAUCAACGAGGCCUUCAAGGAGCUGGGCAGGAUGGUCCAGCUGCACCUGAAGAGCGACAAACCUCAGACCAAGUUACUGAUCCUGCACCAGGCCGUGGCUGUCAUCCUCAGUCUGGAGCAACAAGUCCGAGAGCGAAACCUGAACCCCAAGGCAGCCUGUCUGAAGCGCCGCGAGGAGGAGAAGGUCACGGUGACAUCGGACGGGGCUCCCCUCUCGUUGGCUGCGGCACACCACGCUGCCGCUGCCGCCAUGGGCGACGGGUCCAACCCCUUGGGACAAAUGUCUAAGGUGCCAGAGUUCAUCAAGAUGAUGAGUGACCACUUCCUCUGACGGCGUUUCCAUGACAACCCGGCAAUCGAUCAAAACCCGUUGUUGCUUCAGCCCGACCAAUCAGAUUCUCCGGAACUUGGGCCUGACCAAUCAGAUCAGCCUCUUUCUCUCCUCUCGUCUGUCCGUCUCCGAUCCUCCUCUUCACCUUUGUCUCCUUCUUCUGUCGAGAACACAAACUGCAGAGUCACUUUGCAUCUCCAGCUGAAGUGAACUGGAUGCUACUUUGUGGAGACAUUAAACAGCCACUGUAACAUGGCUGCUACAGAGUGGCAGUUUGUGGGAGCUUUUGACACAAAGUGACAGCAAUGGACAAAAGUCUUUGGAAUCACAUCAUCCAAGAAAAUCUUCUUCUUGUACUACUUGUUUUAUCAGCAUUCCCAGUUUUAAAGAACAAAAGGGUUCUAUAUAUAGUAUAUAUAUAUAUGAGAAAAGGAAAACAUGACAAAAAACUUGUUAAAAAAAGUGCAACUGGACGCGGGCAAUGAGGAGGGUACAGGUUUGGAAGGGUUGUUCAGAACGGAGCAAAACAUAUCACAAAGUGUUAAAGAGAUUUUUUUUUAAGCAACAUUGCGCAGCUGUUGUUGAAUGCAGCUUCAGCGCGUCUCUGACUGAAUGGCAAUCUAACGCCACACUGUGGAUGAAGCUGUGCCUGAUCUCCUCUUGGAUGCAAACCAGUCAGAUAGAUACAUGUGGAGAAGCAAACAAAACUUAAAAAAAAGAACAGGAAAGUUCCUGGAAGUAUUAUGGAAGCAAGCUGCCCACUCAUACAGUACAUUCCCAUACAAACCACACAUUUCACCGAUUAAAUUAUAAAUGAAAGAUAUUAGGAACCUGUUACAACCCUACUGCUUUUUGGAGGCACUUGAUUUGCCGAAUGAUCUGAACAACAAUUAAGUUUGCAAGCGCUUUUUGACUAUCAUAGAUGCCUAGAAAGAAGCAGGGCUGAACGAGAAAAACGGGGGCCACUUGUUCUUCCCCUUCUAAUGCAUUCCUUCGUAAACUGCAAAUAUUUACAAUAGAUUGUCAAUAUAAAAGAAAUCUGAACAUGUUCAUGUAUUUUAUUAGUGUUUUAUGCUUACAGCCAUGUUGACUUUGUUAACAAAGGGCAAAAUUGUACGAACUGGACAGUUGUACCCAAAUGACCCAUGUGUAUCUGAGAGGAAGAAAAUACCUAGAAAAUCAAUCAUUGAGUCAAUUAAUCAAUCAAUUAGUGAGUGACUUCAGAGGGACUGGGGUGUUUAAACUAUUGAAGGUAGAGCAAUUACAGAAGACAGGAAGGAAGAAUCAUGCUGUAAUGAAAAAGUGUACUUCUACAUGUGGCAAGAAGGACAUCUUCAUUUGAAAUUAUUGUUGGGGGGUUGUAGUGCAGAUGCAAAAAUGACAACAGAAAGGAAGAGCUCUAGCAAACAUCUCGAAUCAGAGACCUUCGUCAGAAAUUACUGGGAUUACUGGGCAGAUAGUUGAGAGGAUAGCAGAUGAUAAAAAUGAUAGAUAGAUAGAUAGAUAGAUAGCAUAGAGUAGACUAGAUAGAUAGAUAGAUAGACAGAUAGUGAAUGAGGGGGAAAGAGAGCUGGACUGAGCACUGAAGUGAAGACUAUUCCAAGUUUAGCACAUUCCCUGAAUCGCGAUCACGCCACUUGAAUCGAGUGCUCCAGAAUCCCUGAAGGCCUGAACUAUGAGAGCUUUGGGAGUCAUGGAAGGGUAGAGAGACAAGCAGAAUUGAAGUAGGCCAACAUCUUGAGGCUAAAGACAGAUCGAGAGGAUGAAAAAUCGAAGCCGGAGGUCUAAAUGAUGAUGACGCUGCAGAGGAAGCAAGGGAACAAUCAUUGGGGUGAGGGGUGUAUCAUUUUCUUCUAGGGGCCAAGCAGCAGAAGUCAAAGCAUUCCUGUGUUGGAUUCAUUAGAUUCCUACAUUUCCUGGUUUAAUAUCUGGCCGAUCAUACCCCUAAACCUUCAACCCCAACCUCAGACUUUCUUGCCCAGAGUACCAACCUUGGGGGACUUUCUGAUUGACAUUUGCUUCCUGGCCGUAUCACAGAAUCGUUCAUUCGUUGAAGUGUCUGUUGCUGGGACCAUUAACUGUUUGAAAUUUCAUUGGCCUUGCAGCUCUUUGCUUGUUGGUGUCACAGUGAUGUUGGGCAACAUUUCGAACACAGAGGCCUACAGCUGUCCCUGUGCCAGAGGACCAAAUAUGGGCAGACUCUGGACAGACUGCUCGAUUAGGCUAGGUUUUAUGGUUUCAGACUUUGUCUCAUUUGGCCUUAUCAUCAGCUACAGUUAGCAGAUGGUUUGGGCUUGUGUUGCCUUCCAAGGAUAAAAUAAGUGUGUAUUCUUGUGUGUCAUUUGUCAUGGGUCUGGUAUGAGUCCAGUGACCAGAGACGCCCGACAAAGGGCCCAGACAUUUUGAUUACCUUGGUUUGCUCAGUAUACAUGUACAUUCAGAUCAAUAGUCUACAUCUGAAGGAGGUCCAAUCCAGAAAUCACCACUAAUAUUUUAUAUCGCUUCUGAAUUUGAAAGUUCUGCCUCUUGUACCUAGACUUAUCUAAGUUUCCUGGGUAGUAGAAGUGAACAUUGACUUGGGAGUGAUACAGGAUUGAGAAAGAAAAUGAUGGGUGGCAUUGACAAAAGUGAGAACAGGAAUAAAUAAUUUAGGACAGGUAGGUCAGGAUAAUAAAUUAUUGCAUUGUUAUGCUUCAAGGUCUACUUUCCAACAACAGACGAAGAUAACCGAAAUAUCUGCAAGAACGUCCACUGUGUUCUGGUGUCCAUCUGAAAGUCCCCUUUCACGGUCGCCCCAGUUGGAACCCUCCUCAAUCCUAUAGCCAGUGUUUAAUCCCCAGUCCCAAUGUUGUCUUCUCUGCUGACCCUAGCCUUAUGAGCCCUAAACCACAGCCCUAGCCCCUCUCCCCAGCCUCUUGCCCCACCUAAGCGUUCCCACCGAUGCAAUUUGAACAUUCACAAUUCUACCAAUGUGCCUUUUUAGAGUUCAUAUCAUUCGAGUUGCCAGAGGAGGACAUUUACCUGGUCUUUUAAUAGGAUGCAAGCUUAGGGAAACCUGUUCUUAGUCGUUAGGUUCUAUGCAGUCAGGUUUUUUACCAGACCUGGGAAUUUAAAAAAAGCUAAAAAGGAAAAAAAAGUAUUUUUUGGAUAAAAAAAAACUAAACUGUAUUUAAUGUACUGUACGCUUAUAUGUAAGUAGACAGCGUGUUCUGGCUUCGAGCCAAUGAGACAGACGCUUGAUUUAGCAAGACAAGCCCCGUCCCAGUCCUUUCCGUCCCCCCAAGUACUCCAUAAACCUGAACCUUUCCUGUUCCAAGCCCCAGCCCUGUUUCCAUGGUGAACAACGCGUCUCUUCUUGUAUUAUAGCUUAUCAGCUUUUUAUCAAUAUUUGAUCGGCUUGUCCGUAAGCCAAUGUAGUCUUCAGUACAAAGUGUGUGGUCGUAUGUUGUAAAGCAGAUUUUCUUUUUUUUCUCUCUCUCUCUCUCUCUCUCUUUUUUAAGAAGAAUCUUUUCUCUUAUUACUUUUUCUUUGUCUGUUCUGGUUUACAUGUCUAUUAUAGAAAAUGUAAAAAACAAAACAAAAACAAAAACAAAAAAACAACACAAUUCGCUAUCCGACAGCAUUGUUCUCUGUCGUGGUCAUUUUGACGCGGUUAAAAUCCUACCCAAUCAACAGGAAGGCACGGAAACUGGAAAAGAAUCUAUUUGAAUAAAUCAAUCUAUAUAUAAAUGUACAAAAAAAUAUAUACAAUAUAUAAGGAGGGUGCCAUUUUCUGUUUUUUUAUUUUCUAUUGCAAAGGAGUGUUUGCUUGGGGAAGAAUUAUUUUCUCAAAGACUGAACUGGCAGAAGUUGGCGAGGCCCCUCAGUGUUAUAAAUUUUCAACUGACUUUGUUGCAAUUUCUGUUGUUGCCAUGACAACACCCUCUGACUAGUACGGCACCCUGCGCAGGACAAAAUGGGACCGGAGUUCCAUCAGCUCCAUUCACUGCUAUCUAUCCAAGGCAACAACACACAGACGUUUGUAAAUUGUAUGCAACAAAAUGGCAAACUUUACCAUUAUUUUGAAAUUGUGUAUGUAAAAGUUAUAUUUUUACAUGUAGACUGUUGUUAUUUUGUGUUUUAGAAAUAUGUUGUAUCGGUUUUUUUGUUAAAAGAUAAAAAAGUAAAAUUCAGUGUGUGUUGAAAAAAUGUGUCACAUUGAAAAUGUAGUGAGGUCAAAAGUUCCAAAUCAUUUUAUUUUUUAUUUUUCAACCUUAUGUUUAUUAUCUGUGGGGAACAUUUUUGAGGGUUCGUGGGAGGAAUCAGAAAUCAUAAAAGAUAUAUGAUAUUUGUUUAAUUCUUCAUGCCUCAUGACAUUACCAUUUUUAAUUGUAUUUUUUGCAGAGAAAUGUGUAAAUAGUCAUAAAACAUUUUCUGUGAGGUUUCUGUGGGGUGAGGACUUGCCAGUGAGAGGCGAUGAUGAUGAACUUGUUUUGAUUUUUAGUGAGGUUGUAUUUGUCCGGUUAGUAGCCAGGUGCCAAAUUUUAGUUUUGGUCAGUGGUGCUCAGUACUGUAUGUGGUUUUGGUUGCCGACCAUCUGAAGUGUAAGUCAAAUUGUUGUCUUUGCUUGCACCACAAAUCACCUGCGUCAGAGCCGGCGUGAGCCAUUUUUUACUGCCAUGCGAUGAAAUUAUUCUGAUUUUCAAAGAAAAAAAUAACCCGGUAAAAAAAAAGAAAAUCAUAAAUUAAACCUUCCUGAUUUUGUUAUGUACAUUACUUAGGUAAAUUAAUUUGGAUAAUCCCAAAUUUUUCUUUUUUAAAAAUGUGUUAUAAAACAUAACAUUUGUUAGAGUAUUUGUUGUGAUAACACCUUUUUUUUAAAUUGUUAUAGGGUGUUAUAUAAAAAUCAAUAAUAUGUUUUUACAUAAACUAUGACAAAAGCGUAAAUUGAGUUUACAAAUUCAAUUCACUUUGGUUCCCCCUGGUGGCUUCAGGCCGGCUCUGACUCUGGUGCAUUUAUUUCUUUCAAGAUGGGUUGUAAAUGUUGAUUAAAUUAAAGACCCUCAGCACCUGAUUCAAGAUUAAUAUAUGAAAAUUUUGUGAAAGAUUGGAGUGUUGCUAAUAUUGAAAAGCAGGUCGUCAGCAAACAAUCUUAUCAGCUAUUUCCCCAAAAAGAUAUCAGAUCGUGUGCAAGGCAGUUUCAGUCAUUGGUUUUUAGUGUUUGCCAUUAAAAUUUAGCUUUUCAUCAAAAGGAAAAGCCGCUUUGAAUCGGACCUAGGUUAAACACUAGGAUUGAAUCUGUCAGUGUAAGUGCUAAAUGUAUUUUUUAAGUAAUGUUAUUUUUGUGAUGCUUCAUUUCAUAUUUUCUCUUUGUUGUAUAAUCAAGUCAUCUCCCGAUUUACAGUAUCUUCAUUUUUAUGUUACCCCUGAUGUUUCUAUUAGCCAAAAUGUUUUUUUUUCCUUUUCCCUCCCUGUUGUACAUACACGCCUCAUUUCUAUUUUUCAGUGACUGUGCCAUGAGCUUUGUAAUCUGUUACUCUGUACCAGUUUUACUGCAAUAAUGAGUUGAAUUCAAAAUCGCCACUCCUGUCCUUUGUUUUUCCCAACAAUCGUAGAAGCAGGAAGCAUUUCUCUCUUUUCUCAUGAUAGCUAACCCCAUUUAAAUGAACAAAUACACUUGGGUAUACUCCACGCAUUGUAUUACAGUACAUCUAAAAUUUGGUACAUUUAUAUAAUACUACAAUUAAUUUGUAUUUUUUCCACACAAAAUAAUGAAAAAAUUUCAAUCAAUUUAAAGGUUUUCGUGUCUUUAACCUCUAUAUAGCAGAAAAUUUAAAUUGUACAAAUGUCCACUGCCAGAAAAAAAAAACUGUUUAAAAAUCCUGCCAACAUUUUAACUCUCUUAUUACUGAGUAUUUCACCUAAGGCAUUGACUAUUUUUCCAUUUUCAUAUUCAUGAAUCAUUCAUGAAUUAUUUAUACUAAAACAUACGUCUUACUUUUUGAAAUCUCUGAUAAAAUGAUUAGACUCUUGGGAUCCUAAACCAUACAGAUAUUUUAGAUUUUAUUAAAUGUAAUUGUUUUUUUUGUUGUUUUUUCCUGCCAUACAUUCACACCCAGAGUCAGUUUAGAAAAUGGAUAUCAGUUUUAUCUCUGUGCACCCAUUACGGAGAUAGGUCCAUGAUGUGUUUAGCCUAGCUUAGCACAAAGACUGCAAGCAGGGGGGAACUGCUAGUCCAACUUCAACAAAAGAAAAAAAUACACCUUCAACAACAGCUUUCUGAUUUACAUGCUGUAGGUAACAAGCUAGUCACAGAUCCAACCAAGCAUCGGCUGUGUUUUGUUAACAGAGUUUGGACAGAGCUCAACUAUGAGGACACAACUUUUGAGAUGAAGUUACCGCACCCAGUGGUUGUUGGUCAACAAAUAGCUCUGAGGCUAACUGCUGCUAAAACCACAAUGUCUCCUUUACAUUUCUAUUUCUACAGCUAUUCUUAAUACUUUUAAACAUGUAAGCCAGACAGAUUUGGAGUUGAUACUGAUUUCUGGAACUCAGACAAGCCACUAGGAAUAAGAAAGUGUUUAUUUGUGUUUUUGGUGAACUGGCCUUUUAAGAUUAGCUGAAGAUGGUUGGCUACUGUAUGGUUUUCUUUGAUACUUUCUGAAUUUUAAUACACCUAACAUUGUGAAAUAUGUGGAUUUAAGAGUUGUCACUUAAAUCCAUUAACAACAACCUGCACAGCUACAAAUAUCCAUCCAUGCUUGUCGCCACUUUUGUGGCACAUUUUAUGUCGUUACAAGAAGACAACAUCUGUAUUUAUAAUGCGGCCUACAAAGUUCUGAUUGGUGGAUCGUUUGUCCAACUGGCUAAAGUAGAUAUAAAUGGCUAUGUUCACACUGCAAGCCUUAACACUCAAUACUUUUUGCUCAGAUUAUGCUUUUUUUUAUUUUUAUGUGGCCCAUAUCAGAUUCCGGUGUGAACAGGUCACGGGCCUUGAACUGACCCUUUCUGAUAUUGCUGUUCAGAACUGGAUCUGGUUUUGACCACAUAUGAGAGCGGCCCAAAUCAGAAUUGAAAAGAUCAGGCUCUAUGUGACUUGUACUGCUUACACUGUCAUAAAAACAAAAAAAUCUGAUCACAUAUGAGCAAAAAACCCUGCCUGCAGGGUGAACAUAACAACCUGUGGGCAGCGUUCCAGAGGUCAGGAACCAGGAUACUUUUAGAAAAUAGAGGGCCCUAAAUUCCAUAAGUAAGAUAGUAAUUUAAACUCAAAUUAGUAAUAUCAGGGAACAAUUCAUUGAAUAAUAAUAAUAUAAUAAUUACUAAAAAACAAUCAUUGUAAAUCCCCGCUGCAUGCCGUACGCUGGACUCUAGUAUGAACAACAAGCACAAAUGAACGGUUGACUGAGCUGAUGUUCACCAUGUUCUCUCUGUAAGUAUUAUUUUUCAUUUUCAAAGACAUCCUUCAUAUUUCAGUAUUAUAAUCAAUACGUGGAAGUGAAAAUACACGAAAUGUGGCCUUUUUUCUUUCUUCAUGUUCCUUGUUAAACAAUUCCGUGAAAAGAUGGAAAAGAAAAAAAUACAUGAAGCAGAAUGACCCUGUAAUCAGUGCCUGGGCUUUUUGUUAAAGCUUCCUUUGUCUAGUGCUCUUUUGCUAUGGAGUUAGUGCACCCUAUUACUGACGCAAAAUUUAAAUUAAUCAUAAAUUCAAAUAUAUUUGGCGUGUUUUUGCAGGGGCAAUCCUUUUAUACCAUGAACAAAAGUACAGUAUGAAAACAGAAUAAAUACAAUAAAAUGUUCCCUUAGUAAUUUUAUGGAAAUGUUCAAAAGUGAAUGAUGAAAAUAUAAAAAAAACACAGCAGUUACACUUUUCCCCUCUAUUGUGUGGCUGAUCGCCUCAAAUCUUUAUUUCAUUGUAUCUCCUGGUGCACGUGUUCGUUUCUACACUUCCAUUUUCUGAAUUAUUUCCGGUCAGUGUUGUAUUAUGUUAUUUUUUAUGUUAUAGAAUUAUUAUUGUCCUUAUGGUCGCCGUUAUUGUUGACAUUGUUAUUAUUACACUUUUUAUUCCAGAUCAGUGGAGGUGUUGGGGAACAGGUUCUUUUUGAUUUCUGUGCUGAGGGUUUUAUUCUUCCUCGUACCAGCCCAACAGUUGGCCGUUCGUUGCCUGUUGGUUCUCAUCUUGUAGUGAUUCAAUGAGGUUCAUGUUCAUGACCGUUCUGUAGCAAUAAAUGUGCCAUUUUUAUAAUGCA